AUGGACAAGAACGGCUACAACUCAACGGUGCUGCAGCGGCCGCAUAGAGAAGACGGUGGCGAUGAGGAGCGGGAACCUCGCUCGCAUCACCACCACCAUCACCACCAUCAUCAUCACCAUCACCGGCGCGACGUGAUGGGCGGUUCUGAUGCUCCUCGUCCUGGCGGCGACUCGGCUGGUCCUCCAGCUGGUGCGACGGCGACAGCCUCAUCGAAUGCGAACGCGAAUGCGCAUCGGCACUCCACCUUCAGCCUGCGCUCGCCCAAGCAGUCCGAGUUCCGUCCUCCUCCCUUCUCUCCCCCAAACCACGGCCACGCCCAUUCUCACAACACCAGCACCUCGAGUGCUGGCCAUCCUCAUCAAUCCCCGCCUCGCCAGGCCUUGCAUAAUCCCAAUCCCUACAUGUCUUCCUCGUCCUCGGGCGCACCGGGCGGCCCCGUCGCUCCCACUCUACCACCUCCCGUUGGUCUCAAGUCAUCAUCACCUGCGGCGAGCACGCCGGGUGGCCUUCAACACCAUCCUUCGCAGCACCCGUCGCACCAGCAGCAUCAACACCAAGCUCCUCCCCCGGUGUCGCCCCUGCACCCGCCGGCUGGAUACUAUUCGCCCUCGGCGCCCGACGUCCAUCACGGCCGUGACAGUAAACCCGCAUCGCGAGGCUUCUAUGACCCAACGACCGACACCACCAAGGAGCGUCGAGUUUCUGUUUCCGACGCGGCUACGCCUGGCGCCUGGCACAACGCCAACGCCAACGCCAACGCGCCCCCGGCUGGCACUCCCAAGACUCGUGAGCCAUACAACUAUUCGCAAUCUGGUGAACAACACACUCCUUCCUAUUACAACGGCGGCUCUUACACAUCACCACGCGCGUCUUCAUUCAAUCGCCCGCGCAGCCCGUUAUCCCAUUCGCACCCUCAGCCUGGGUCUCUCAGUCCUCCAGGUCGACAGCCGCUCCUAGCUUCUCCGAGCUUGAGACAUGGUGCAACAGCCAAUAUGAGCUCGACAACCAACGGGGCUCCUGCCCUUCCACCCUUCAAGUCGGACCUCGCGGCUCCAUCACCACCAAAGCCUAAUCCUCCAUCCACCAGCACGCCGAGCCGAGCUGCUGACCCCAUGUCCUUCUCCAACAUUCUUUCUAGUGCCGAACCUGCACCAAAACCUCGGGAACGAACACCUGUGGUUGAAGAGCGCGAGCGAGACCAUGACCGAGACCGACGCGACCGAGAGUUGAAGCGUGAUUCGCGAGAAGCGAAGCCGUCAAAGCGCGAGCUGGAACCCGAGGAUCACGAUACUGAAGUCGAGAAAGACGUCGAGACGGAGCCCGAACCCGUCAGGGGAAAACCAAGAGAACCUGCCAAAAAGAGAGGAGGCCGCAAGUCGACCAAGGGCCGCGCCUCUGACAUCCGAGAGGCGGCAAGAGAGGCAGUGACCCCCAAGAAUGGGCGACGAUUAUCCAUCAAGAAGGAAUCCCCGACUCCCCGUCUACCUGCUAAGCGACAAGCGAACGGUCAGCCCAAGCAAAAGGCUUGGUCGAGCGAGAUGGAAAAGAAGAUCCAGAAUGCCGAGUCUCAGAUUGACAGCAAGGCCGCGACCCUCGAUCCUGAUGAGUUCGACGAGCAGCAGUACAAGGAACGCGCCCAGAAGCGCCGACGUGUAAUGGCCGAGCUGGACCUGGAUCAGAGCCGACUUCGACGAGAUGCUUAUGCAACGUCAGCAAGCAAAAAGCUGGUGCUACAUGCCGAGCUCGGCAAGCGGCGAUAUGACGAUGUUUUCUACGAUGAAGCUCUCCACGAAGUUCGCGAGCAAGAGGUCUACGCUGAGAAGGAACGCAAGAAGGACAUGCAACGCAAGCGACGUCGCGAAAAGUCCAUGGCUGUCACCAUGGAGCAGAAGGAGGCGGCUCUCGCGCGCGCCGAGGCAGCCGAAGACGAGGCAGAGCGCCAGAAGCACCUCCGUGAUGCCGAGCGUGCCAGUAAGAAGGCACAGCAGACGAAGCUUAUUCUACAACAAGGAAUCAAGGGCCCCGCCCGGAACCUGGAGCUCAACCUCGAGGGUGGCACCAUGUCUUCAUUCCAGGCUUCCGACAUGGAAUCUGGCGAAGCAGGAACGCCAUCCGGCAAACGAAAAGGCAAGGGACGAGGUGGUCCUCGUCUUAAGAAGUCAAAGGAGCAGAAGCAGGCCGAGAAGGAUUCUGCCGAAGCUGCCCAGGCAGCUUUGGAUGCUGGCGAGGAGUUGCCCACCAAGGAGGAAAAUCGCGUCCGCAUCAAGAUCAAGAAGUCCAAGAAGGAGGCCGCCUUGGAAGCCGAAAAGGACAAGGAUGAGGCCGACAAGGACGAGGAGGAGCCCACCGAGAAGAAGACCAAGAAGGGCAAGGACAAAGAUAAGGACAAAGACAAGGAAAAGGUCGACGACAUCCCCGAGAACGAGAAGCGCUUCAUGUCCAAGGGUUACAACCAAAUUUACGACCAGAUCUGGCGAGACAUGGCUAGGAAGGAUGUCAACAAGACCUUCAAGCUGGCAGUCGACUCUUACGCCACAAAGGCUUCUAACCUCAAGAAGACGGCGAUUCUGGCAUCCAAGGAGGCUAAGCGCUGGCAGCUCCGAACCAACAAGGGCACCAAGGAUCUUCAGGCCCGCGCCAAGCGAGUCAUGCGUGACAUGAUGGGCUUCUGGAAACGCAACGAACGUGAGGAGCGAGACCUUCGCAAGGCUGCCGAGAAGCAAGAGAUUGAGAAUGCCCGCAAGGAGGAAGCUGAUCGUGAAGCCGCUCGUCAGAAGAGGAAGCUCAACUUCCUUAUCUCCCAGACUGAGCUCUACUCUCACUUCAUCGGCAAGAAGAUCAAGACUGAUGAGGUGGAGCGUAGUACCGACAACCCUGAUGUGGCCAGGGAUGCGCACCAGAUUGACGAGCAGAAACUCGACAUUGAGGAGCCUACCAUGGUUGCCGGCAAGGUCACAGACUUUGCCAAUCUUGACUUUGAGGAGGGCAGUGACGAAGCUCUUCGUGCUGCUGCCAUGGCCAACGCCCAGAACGCCAUUGCAGAGGCUCAAAAGAAGGCUCGCGACUUCAACAACCAGGGCCUCGACAUGGACGAGGAGGGCGAGAUGAACUUCCAGAACCCCACAGGUCUGGGAGACGUCGAAAUCGAGCAACCCAAGCUCAUCAAUGCUCAGCUCAAGGAGUACCAGCUCAAGGGUCUCAACUGGCUUGUCAACCUGUACGAGCAGGGCAUCAACGGUAUCUUGGCAGACGAAAUGGGUCUCGGAAAGACUGUACAGUCUAUUUCCGUCAUGGCGUACCUUGCCGAGAAGCACGACAUUUGGGGUCCUUUCCUGGUUGUCGCCCCAGCUUCGACGCUUCACAACUGGCAGCAAGAAAUCGCCAAGUUCGUUCCCGAGUUCAAGAUUCUGCCGUACUGGGGUGGCGCUGGCGACCGAAAGGUUCUCCGAAAGUUUUGGGACCGCAAGCAUACUACGUACCGAAAGGAUGCUCCUUUCCACGUUUGCGUGACUUCAUACCAGCUUGUUGUCUCAGAUGUGGCUUAUUUCCAGAAGAUGAGAUGGCAAUACAUGAUUCUGGACGAGGCCCAGGCCAUCAAGAGCUCUCAGAGUUCUCGUUGGAAGUGCCUUCUCGGCUUCCACUGCCGAAACCGACUGUUGCUCACAGGUACCCCUAUCCAGAACAACAUGCAGGAACUUUGGGCCCUUCUCCAUUUCAUCAUGCCGUCGCUGUUUGACUCUCACGACGAGUUCAGCGAAUGGUUCUCCAAGGAUAUUGAGUCGCACGCGCAGAGUAACACCAAGCUCAACGAGGAUCAGCUCAAGCGUCUUCACAUGAUUUUGAAGCCCUUCAUGCUUCGACGUGUGAAGAAGCAUGUGCAGAAGGAGCUUGGUGACAAGAUUGAACUCGACGUGUUCUGCGAUCUCACCUACCGACAACGGGCUUACUACAGCAACCUGCGGAACCAGAUUAACAUUAUGGAUCUCGUUGAGAAGGCUACUAUGGGAGAUGACCAAGACUCUGGCACUCUGAUGAACUUGGUCAUGCAGUUCCGAAAGGUCUGUAACCAUCCUGAUCUGUUUGAGCGUGCUGAAGUCCGUUCACCUUUUGCCUGCGCCUACUUUGCCGAGACUGCGUCAUUUGUCCGCGAGGGCAGUGAGGUCUCUGUGGGUUACUCGAGUCGCAACAUGAUCGAGUACGAACUUCCCCGUCUCAUCUGGCGAGAAGGUGGUCGCCUGCACAAGGCUGGCCCGGACAAUCAGACAGCUGGUUGGCGAAGCCAGGCACUCAACCACAUGAUGAACAUCUGGAGUCCAGAGAACGUUCGAGAGAGUAGCAGUGGAUCCAAGGCAUUCUCAUGGCUUCGGUUUGCUGAUGCUUCGCCCAACGAAGUCUAUGAGGCUACACACUCGAGCUUGAUCACCCGAGCUGCCAAGGAGAUUCAAAAGCGUGAUCGACUUGGCUACUUCAAUGUUGCCUACGCCGAGUCUGAAGACAAGAACUACACCCCGGCCCAUGCUCUCUUCCAGAUUCGGGCCCGUCAGAACCGGAAGCCUGUUGCAGAAAUCACCACCGAGGGCGUUUUGGCCCAGCUGAUGAAUGUUGCCCGGGCAGACUAUGACGAGUCUGGUCUGGGACGACUGGAGCCAGCUGGCAAACCUCGCGCGUCGGCUCCCCCGAUCCAAGUUUCUUGCCGUAGCUCGGGUUCCGAGAUCGAGCGAGCCAACAACCUGUUCAAUGUUGACAUUCGCAAGAUCCUCUUCGGACCGACAGUGUUUGAGCAGAGGGCGCUGGUGGAGAAGAAGGUUCCUCUGGAGCUAUACCCUUCGCGCGAGAUGCUUCCCAAACCGGAUCACGAGAAGAAGGGCUUUACCAACAUCUCGGUCCCGUCCAUGCAGCGAUUCGUCACCGACAGUGGCAAACUUGCUAAGCUCGACGACCUGCUCUUCAAACUCAAGGCCGAGGGUCAUCGUGUGCUGCUGUACUUCCAGAUGACACGCAUGAUCGACAUGAUGGAGGAGUACCUGACAUACCGCAACUACAAGUACUGCCGACUGGAUGGUUCGACCAAGCUCGAAGAUCGACGAGACACUGUGCACGAUUUCCAGACCCGUCCCGAGAUCUUCAUCUUCCUCCUGUCCACUCGUGCCGGUGGUCUCGGUAUCAACCUCACAUCCGCCGAUACCGUCAUCUUCUAUGACUCGGAUUGGAACCCGACCAUCGACUCACAGGCCAUGGACCGAGCCCAUCGACUGGGCCAGACUAGGCAGGUUACUGUGUACCGUCUUAUCACUCGCGGUACCAUCGAGGAGCGUAUCCGAAAGCGUGCUCUGCAGAAGGAGGAAGUCCAGCGCGUUGUUAUCCAAGGUGGCGGUGCCAGCGUCGACUUCUCUGGUCGUCGUGCUCCUGAGAACCGCAACCGCGACAUCGCCAUGUGGCUGGCGGAUGACGAGCAGGCGGAGAUGAUUGAACGCCGCGAAAAGGAACUCCUCGAGUCGGGCGAGUUGGAGAAGCAACAGAAGAAGAAGGGAGGCAAGCGACGCAAGGCAGAGAAUUCUGCCAGCUUGGAUGAGAUGUAUCAUGAAGGCGAGGGUCACUUUGAUGACGGUUCCAAGGGGCUUUCUGGAACGGCGACACCGAACACACCCGCCGCUGCCGAGAGCGACACCAAGGGCAAGAAGGGCAGGGUGAAGGGAUCUAAACGAGCCAAAACGGCCAAGCAAAGGCUGGCUAUCGCCGAUGGCAUGGUUUAG